AUGAAUUAUCAAGCAAAACGACCGUCUUUAAACAAAUACUCAAAAAGAGUCGGUACUAAAUCUACAUCUGCGUACAAAAAAGCUAUUGUUAUCCUGACCGAAGAUUUCAAUUAUCCACCCAUAUCCAUUGAUUAUGUUCACACACCCGAAUACAUCACCGCAAGCGAAUCUCUACGUGAAUCGCACAGAAGGUUGGCUGGUUGGAAAUCUAGACCUAGAAGAGUUGCUUAUCAAAGAAAACAAGAGUUUAUAGAGGGGAGAGAAAUUAAGAGGCAAGAAGAUAUAAUGAGAAAGAAAGAGGAAAUUAAAGAAGAGAAGAGAAAUAUGGAAGAGAAGAAAAACCAUGGAUUUGUUAAUUUUGUAAAAAAUGCAGGUCGUUCAAUUAUGCCUUUUAGAAAAAAUUAA